AUGACGUCUGUUAUUCACUUGAGGGCCGAGACCAAGCCCUUUGAGCGGCGCUCUCCACUGUCGCCCGAGACGGCCAAAGCUCUCAUCGGCGCCGGGUACGUCGUGCGAGUCGAAGUGUCGCCCGAUCGCAUCUACAAUGACGACGAGUUCAAGGCCGUCGGUGCCGAGAUUGUCCCUGCCGGGUCGUGGGUCGACGCUCCCGUGGACAACGUCAUCCUCGGCCUGAAGGAGCUCCCGGCAGACGGCACACCCUUGCCGCAUACCUACAUUCACUUUGCCCACUGUUUCAAGAAGCAGGAUGGAUGGGCCACGGAGCUCUCGCGCUUCGCCAAGGCCGACGGUCUGCUCUACGACCUCGAAUUCCUCGUCAACGAGAAAGGUGCGCGCGUGGCGGCCUUUGGCUUCAGCGCCGGCUUCUCCGGCACCGCCUUGGCCUUGUUGGCUUGGGCGCAUCAACUUCUUCACCCUGGCGUCCCCCAAGGCGCCGUGCCGGCAUUCGACUCGGCCUCUGAUCUGAUGGACCUCGUUCGAUCGUCGGUCAAGGAAGCGCUGCCGCUGAACAACGGCGAGUACCCCCGUCUCAUGAUCAUUGGGGCCCUGGGUCGUUGCGGCAAAGGUGCAGCCGAGUGUUGCGUUGCCGCCGGAAUCCCCGAGACGUCGGUUCUCAAAUGGGACCUGCCCGAGACCAGCCGUGGCGGACCCUUUCGCGAAAUCGUCGACGUCGACGUCCUCCUGAACUGCGUCUAUCUGGGGGCGCACCGAGUCCCGCCUUUUACGACACUCGAAUCGCUGUCGACGCCCGAGAGGCGGCUUCGCGUCAUUUGCGAUGUGAGCUGCGACCCGAACAGCGAGAACAACCCGAUUCCCGUCUAUUCCGGAUACAGCUCCUUUGACAAGCCGACCACGGCGGCAUCGGGCACGCUGGAGGGACCUGAGCUGCGCAUCAUCGCCAUUGAUCACCUCCCGACCAUGAUUGCUCGCGAGGCAAGCGACGAGUAUUCCGGCUUGCUUCUCCCCAGUCUUUUGCAACUGCGGAAUCGUGACAAGGAUGGCGUCUGGACUCGGGCAGAAAAGACGUAUCGGGAGCGGGUGGCAGAACUGCCGUAG